AUGUGCUUGUUAAUUUUAACUAUAAUCACUUCUAUUGCCUACAGUAUUCACGCCGUUCCCGAUGGAUAUUAUACCACUAAAUAUUUUGCUGUUGCUAUAAUCGAUCAACAAAAAAUAGUUUGUGGCGGAUCAAUUCUUUCUGUAAAAUUUGUGGUUACUGCAGCUCAUUGCUUUGAGCGAGGCAGGGAUGUUGAAGGCAUAGAAAUUAUAGUGGGUGUAUCAGACUUAAAUAAAACUACGGACGAGAAUAGAAAAUAUGCCGAAGAGAUUAUUAUACAUCCACGUUAUUCUAAAGUCACCCGAGACUUUGAUAUUGCUCUGGUACAUUUGAAAGAGGAUCUUACAUUAGGUGGAUCUGUGCAGAGAAUAGACAUGGUAUCCGGUAAUUAUGAUGAAUUUUAUGGUUCUGAAGUUCAGGGUGUUGGUUGGUCUUCAAUUGGAGAAGGCUAUGCUGAACUUCCCACUAUAUCCAGUGAAAAUUCCUUUAAGGUGUGGUAUCGAAGUGAUUGCACUUCGCGUAAUGUAUUGGGACCUGAUGCUUAUUAUUUAUUUGGACCUUUGAUAAGCGAACGAAUGUUGUGUGCCAGUACACUCAAAGGUUUUCCGGGUACAUGUGAUGGUGAUGAUGGUUCGGCUUUGACAACAUACAGAUACCAAUUGAUAGGUGUUUUAUCAUGGCGUUAUGAUUGUAUGGCGAAAUCAAAACCCUCAGUAUAUACAAGUAUACCUUUAAUGCGUAGUUGGAUUAUAAGAACUUUGGGAAAUAUUGAACAUUGA